AUGCCGCCCAAUACCAUUCCUCCUGAUAUUGUCGAUCUAUCCUCUGACGACGACUCUGGCGCGAUCAAUACUGUCCCUGCUGCUAUUGCUCCAUCAAAUAGCACAAAUUCGACCCGUCCAGGUGCACCGCAGUCGAUCUCAGAGACACAAAGCGGUCGUUCACUUGCGGACCAAGUCCCUGUCAGAGGACGGCUGCACGGUGGAUACGACCUCGAUACGCUCAAAUAUGAAGAACAUCUCAUUCCGGACGGCCAGUCAAAAUGUCGCGGUUGCAGACUCUCUCCUGUUGAGUUCGACGAAAAGGGCGAUGAGAUCCCAGCCGCAGUGACACACGAAAAGCGCAUGACAAUCCUGAUGGACCGGUUCAAGGAGAAGUGGGCACGAGAAGACGCUCAGAAGAUCGGUACAGGCGACAAUCAAGACGCGGCAGCGAACACUGUCACGCUGGAUGACCGGCCUAUAGAUAUACACAAUGUGAUCAUCUCCCCGCGGCCGAAUAUCACUCUAGCCGAGGGACGUGCAAACAAAGCCAUCCCUACCCACGUUGUCGACUUGGAGGCAGGCUCAGCUGAAGAGCAAAGCACAGGGAGCCGGACUGAAACUGGAAGCGAUGUCGACGACAACGAUGACGAUGACCUCCAGAUACAAUCAACAUCAGGCGGAACUUCUCGAGCAUUGACUCAAGGUGCUCGACGAUCUCUAGCUGUGAGCAACAACAAAGGCAAAGGCAAAGGCAAAGCUCGAGAACAAGCAUCAAUCCCCGAAAUUGACCUGUCGUUGCUUGAGUCUGACAAUGACGACGAUCUCAACAUGCGAGCAAACUCAUCGGAUGCCGUCGACGCGAACCGGAGUGAUGAAGAAGACCUGAGAAGAGCGAUUGCAUUAUCUCUACGGGACGAUCAAGCUCUGGAUACCGUGGACAAUGCUGCUUCGUCAUCAUCACAACAGCUCGACCCUAAGCGAAGAACAUUCACACACAAAGUCGGUGGUGCAACAGAAGGAGUUACAAUCCCUCCUAAUGCGACAAGCAUUUCAGGAAACAAUCACAACAAAGACACCAGAGAUCCACAGACUAGAGGUCAGUACAGUACUGGAGGUGUAGUGGACCGAACAGAACAAACCCUCUUGCACGAUGUAGACGACGACAAGACCGUUUCUCCCUCGCCGAGAGCUGUGACCUCUUUUUCUUCGUCUUCCCAAAUUCGAGCCCUACCGCAGGCAGCACCACGCUCCUCGACGAUGGCCCCGUCCUCCAAGGAAGCGAAGGUGGUAACGCAGACCUCAAAUCCUCCUCCUUCUUCAUUCCACCUCACCGGCCUUGACCGCAAACAAAUGGAAGCGGAGCGUCUCGCUCGACUGAAGAGGAAGCGUGAAGGUGAAGGUGAAGGGGGCGGAACCGAGGACACUACAGGUCCCAGCAGCAACAGAAACAAAGCUGCACGAGUCGACCAUCUCGCUUCUGGACCACGAGCGCAGGGAACGAUCUCACCUCCACCGCUUCGACGGUCUUGCGACACUCAAUCAAUUCCCGCCCAGAAGCGACAACUCUCAACCACUGCGUCUGCUUCGGCCUCGACGACAGGUCCCUCGUUCAAGAAGGGUCCCGUCCUACCCAGCGGUAGCACCUCCCACAACGGUACAGUUCCAAGCACUAUGAAAGCAGGGGGAAUUGCAAGAGACGCGAGGCAGAACUACCAUCUUAAAGGCGUUGUCUUGAAAACACAUGUUGAAGGCUAUGGCGCAGACAAACCGAACAGCAACAGCAACACCAUCGACUUUGCAACGCUCAUCUCGCCGGCCUCCUCGCUCGAAUCGUGUCUCUUGUCCUCUUUCAUCUGGAACUUCGACUGGCUCUUCCAGCACUUCGAUACGAAACGCACAAAGUUCCAGCUCGUCAUGCACGCCAAAGUCCCCGGGCAGCGAGAGGCUCUCAAGGCGGAUUUCCAGGGCAUUCCGAAUGUCAGGCUGUGUUUCCCGCCUAUGGAACCCAAUGUCAACUGUAUGCACAGCAAGCUGAUGCUGUUGUUCUACAAAGAAGAAGGAGGACCGAGAUGCCGUAUCGUCGUGCCGACAGCGAAUCUUGUCGAUUUCGACUGGGGCGUCGGCGGGUUCAUGGAGAAUACAGUCUGGUUGAUCGAUCUGCCGAUGAAGAAGCCGGGCUCGUCAGCAACAGGCCUUGCCAACCUCGCGACGCAUGGUCCUACUGUCAUCGGCAAUGCACAACCGGAUCAAGCAACAGCGACAACACAGUUUCAGAAGGCCCUCACGACGUUUCUCAAGGCGCAGCGCGUCCCCAACGAUGUGAUCCGAAAACUGGAGCUGUUCGAUUUCAGCGAGACGGCACAGCUGGGCUUCGUGCACACCAUCGGCGGAAUGCACGUUGGUGCCAGUGGUGGACUGCCAGAAGGGCUGGGCCAGAGCUGGAGAACGACGGGAGUUUGCGGACUGGGCCAGACCGUCACCGACCUGGGUCUUGCCGGUGGCGGGAGUGGACAUCGCGCCCCUAUCGAGCUCGACUACGUGACCUCCUCGCUGGGCAGUCUGACCGACGACUUCAUGAGUUCCAUGUAUCUGGCUGCUCAGGGGGAUGACGGCCUAGAGGAAUACAACAGACGCACAGGCUCGAGCUCAAGCAAACGCAUAACCAGUAGUACCUCGGCGGCCAAAAAAGGUUCAGGAGCACGGAUGGCGGUUCCAAAACGCGCAGAUUCUGGCGAGCAGCAUGUUGACAUCGACAGCGACCACGAUCACCGUCAUUAUCAUUAUGACUGGAAGGAGAAGAUGCGGGUCUACUACCCCAGCGACGAAACCGUGAGACGUUCAAAGGGAGGGCCGGCCAACGCUGGGACCAUCUGUUUCUCGUCCAAGUGGUGGCAGAAUGGUAAAUUCCCUCAGUCGAACCUGCGAGACUGCGUUAGCGUUCGUCAAGGUUUACUCAUGCACAACAAGCUCAUGUUUGUGCGAUAUGCAGCGCCGGUGGAGACCGGUGGAUUCGCAAAGAUGGGAUGGGCAUACGUGGGGAGUGCCAAUUUGUCCGAAAGCGCCUGGGGACGAUUGGUGCAGGACAAAGCCACCAAACAACCAAAGUUGAACUGUCGUAACUGGGAGUGCGGUGUUAUCAUUCCCCUGACUGCAGAGGACAACUGCCCUAGCACUACUGACAAUAAGGAAAAGGACAUGGGUCAGAAGGCAGGCCUUGAGAUGUUCGAUCAUCUCGUGCCGGUCCCGAUGCGAUAUCCUGCGGAGCGGCUUGAAGGGAAGAAGCCGUGGACCAUGUUUGACUGA